AGUGUUUUGGGCUUUUAAGCUUUCCAUUCCUCCUAAUUUAUUCCUCUUCUUGGUUGCCUUGCCUGCGCCUAGUUAUCGCCAUUUCUGCUUCUUUCCAGGCUCCACUCAAGGCUUCAAUUUAUUUCAAAGGAAAUCCAUAUUCAUUACAGUUCAAAAAUGGCUUCCCUCCUUAAGGCCUCUUCCAACGUACUUCGGUUUGAGAAGCUACCUUUCUUGUCCAGAAGCAAGACAAGACAAGGUGUUGUUCCAAAGAAAAUAACAUUUCGUUUGGUUCCUAUCGCAUUAUCCUUGUCUACGUCGAUUGGAACUGUUGAACAUGACCUGAGAUCUAAUUCUCCAAACAUUACCAUCCCAAUCAUGGUAAAUGGUUGUACCGGAAAAAUGGGAAAGUCUGUUAUCCAAGCAGCAGAUUCUGCUGGCCUUUACGUUGUUCCUGUGUCUUUUGAUGCAGAGAAGAAGUCUGGACAGACUGUUGAAGUGUGCGGGAAAAAGAUUCUUGUGCAUGGUCCGUCUGAUAGAGAAAGCAUCCUUGCUUCUGUCUUUCAGGAGUAUCCAAACCUGAUCAUGGUAGACUACACCGUGCCUGCCACAAUUAAUGAUAAUGCUGAGCUCUAUGGCAAAGUUGGAGUACCUUUUGUUAUGGGCACCACUGGUGGAGACAGGGAUCAACUCUAUAAGACUGUUGAAGAGUCAAAGGUUUAUGCUGUGAUCUCGCCACAAAUGGGGAAACAGGUUGUUGCAUUUCUUGCAGCGAUGGAGAUCAUGGCUGAGCAGUUUCCUGGAGCCUUCUCUGGAUAUUCCCUACAGGUGAUGGAGUCCCAUCAAGCAGGCAAAUUGGACACUUCUGGUACUGCUAAGGCUAUUAUUUCUUGCUUUCAGAAAUUGGGGGUGUCAUUUGACAUGGAUCAGAUACAGAUGCUCCGGGAUCCCAAGCAGCAGAUUGAGAUGGUGGGAGUACCAGAAGAACAUCUGUCUGGUCAUGCCUUUCAUUUGUAUCAUCUAACAUCACCUGAUCAAACAGUGUCGUUUGAGUUUCAGCAUAAUGUUUGCGGCAGAUCGAUAUACGCGGAGGGAACUGUUGAUGCUAUACUUUUCCUUGCUAAGAAGGUUAAGUCGAAUGCAGACAAGCGUAUAUAUAAUAUGAUUGACGUAUUGCGAGAAGGUAACAUGCGAUAAAAGAUGUUUCUUGUGCAUUUGUUGUUGGAGUGUAUUAUUUCACAGCUCAAGAUAUCUAGAGGACUUAAAGGCAAUUUUGAUUUUAAUGGUAUGAGCCAUUGCUGUUCUUUGUUCGGUAAAUAUUAUUGUAGCUUUCAGGUUCACUGAUUCAGUCGAGUAGUCAUAUUAUUCAAUUAAAUAAUAAGUAUAGUAAUUAGUUAAUUAAAAUAUGAUUUUUUAAAGAUAAAUUUUAAUAAAAUAAAAUAAAAUAAACUUGAUUAUUUUAUUAAUUUUAAAAUUUAUUCUUUUUAACGUGUUCGAAUGACUAGUUUUCAAUAUCAAUCUAAUUAUUUGAACAAGUUACAAGAUUUCACGAUAACUUUAAAUGAUUUGUAAGAUUUAAAUCCAACAAAAUAUAUAAAUAAUAUUGGAAAGGUGCGUAGACUGAUUCUUUUGUUGAAAUUAGGAACUAACUUAUUCAAGAAAAAAUUACCCCCUUGGAACAGCAAUGUUAAGUGGGGGGAAAGAACUGUCUGGCAAAACAGCAUAGAACAAGCAUACAGUCUGUAUUUUUUUAGUCAUAAUUAUGUUUACGUGAUUAUGAGUAAAAAAGAAUUGAUAUGUUGAAAAUUUAUGAUUAUCGUAGAAUAUGCAUACAGUAUUGCAGCAAUUGGUAAUUUGUCAACACUAUAUAUGGGUUGGGAACUUUAGCACUGAUUUUUGGAAAACCAGGGGAAGUCAUUACUCCGUUUUGGACUUUGAAUGAAUGGGAUUAGCCACAUUUUGCAGCUAGCAUGGGGUCUUCUCUUUUAGCCUAUUUUUUAAUCCCAGCAGUUUUUUCUUGUUCAAGCAACCUGUUUUUAGUUCAAUUUUCCAGAAAGAAGAUGAAAGCUAGCAUAUCUUGAGUAGGGAUUCUUACAUGGUUCUUGGAGCCAUCCAAGUUACUCCAGAUGUUAAUGGAGGUUCCAUGGAAAAAUUUUCUGGACGAGCUCUUUACAAGAAACCAUUUCGGCUUUGGAAAGGCAACCACACCACCAUUGCUUCUUUCAAUAUGAGUUCGUCCUCAAUAUCCUCAACCAAACCUCUCGUGGUGGCGAAGGCAUUGCCUUUUUAAUAAACGACAACUCCAGCCUACCGGACAACAGCCAAGGAUGGUGGCUGGGGAUGGUAAAUGCGAACACAAAUGGUUCUUCUCAAGCCAGUGUGGCGGUGGAAUUUGACACCAGGAAGAGUGAUGAGCAAGACAUGGAGGGCAACCAUAUUGGGUUAAAUAUAAACAGAAUCCAGUCGACCAAGCAAGUUUCUUUAAGCAACUACGAUGUUUACAUUUCAGCCGGAGGUCAGGAUUUAAGGGUGCAUCUGUGUUAUGACGGCUGAAACGUGUCAGUUUUCAUUGGGGACAACCAGACACUUAUGCUUUUCUUAGCCUGUAGAUCUCUCUACUUAUCUUCCGCAGAAGAUUUUCAUGGGAUUCUUUGGUUCAACAAGCAAUGAAACUGAGCUCAACUGUGUGAAAUCGUGGGCGUUUUCUGAUACUGAUAUAGGAGGAAAUGGCAAUCAACUGUGGGUUUGGAUCAUGGUUCCAGUGGCAAGUGUGGGUAUAUUAGUUGGGGCUGCCGUUUGCUUGUGCUUGAGGAGGGUAUACAAAGAGGAAAGGUUUAGUGGAUCAAGGUGCUCAACUUCAAGGGAACAUAGAACAUGAGAUUAAAUGGUAGCAAUUAAAUUUAUUAAGAUAGGUUUUGUUAUUUUUAAAAUUUGAUGCGGCAAAUAUACUAUGGCAUGUGUAAUGUUAUGUUAGCUUACUAUUUCUACAUGUUACUAUAAAAAAUCAGUUAAUAGAUUUAACUAUUAA